CAUGCUUUUUUUUUCUCCCCUCAACACAUUGGCAAAAAAUAGGUCAGAAGUGUUGUUUACUUGAUUUGUGAUCGUGGUUGGUGACCGUGAUGCAAUGGCAACGAAGUGCAUUUUCGCCGGUAACAUUUUAAGUCGUAAAGUGGGAAACAAAUUAUUACUGGGCUCACACAGUCUAUCGUCGUCACAUCAGUGUGUUAUCUUCGCCAAUAAACGCAAAUCAACACAAGCCUGCCAAGAAGAAAAGCCACAGAAUACCGACCCACGGGCAGAUUUUGAAGCUCUACCCAGAAAAUGGAAAAGUUUGACUGGUAAUCACCAACACCCUGAAAUAGAUUUGACUUUCGAAAAUGCCAGAGAGGCAUAUAAAAGUAAACGAACAUCAGAAUUACUUCGAGCUCUUGUUGUCUUUAACUUGUGCUCAGUGAAUUUCUUGGUAAAUAACCAGAAACAGAUUUUACAAUGGACAAGAAAAGUUCUGGGCAAAAGUUUGUUUGUGGGGAUGAUGAAGCAGACGUUUUACGGACAUUUUGUGGCGGGGCAGGACCAGGAUGAGAUCAAACCUCUGGUGAUGAGGAACCGACAGUUUGGGGUCAAGUCCAUCCUGGACUACAGCGCCGAGGAGGAUUUGUCGAGUGAGAAGGCUGUACAGGCUGAGAUGGAAGGCUGUUUGCCACAGAGUAAUGAAGUGGAGAACCCGUUGGAAGAAAGCAGGUUCAGGGCCCAUGAGGAGUUUGGAGACAGGAGAGAAAAGGUGACGAGUGCCAGAACUUACUUCUAUGAAGGGGAGGAACAGUGCGACAAGAACAUGCAGAUUUUCCUUAACUGUAUUGACGCAGUGUCACAUGCAACAGAAAAAUCUGGCUUUGCUGCAAUCAAACUUACUGCUUUAGGAAAACCAGCUCUGUUGCUUCAGAUGUCUGAGGUGCUGACUACAGUCAAACAUUUCUUCAAAUUACUCCACACGACCCAGGGGCAGAUUGAUAAAGAUACAUUACGCUUUGGACUGGAAGAUUUUGACAACAGGCUCAGAGAGAUUGGGGUUCAGCUAAAAGACGGAAACAAAAGAAACUGGGUUUCAGUUAAAGAUAUAUCAGUAGCAGGACAUGAGAUAGACUUGCUGGACUGGGACAACCUUUUGGAAAUCAACAGGUCCCUCUCUAAACUUCUAGUUGUACCAAAUUUAAAGACUGGUAAACUUCAGCCUUUAGUUGAGAGAAUUACAGAAGAGGAAGAAUAUCAGAUGAAGGGUAUGCUCAGGAGGAUCAACACACUAGCAAAGUACGCCAAGGAAAAAGACGUCAGGGUUAUGAUUGAUGCUGAACAAAGCUACUUCCAGCCUGCCAUCAGGAGGUUAACUGUUGAGAUGAUGAGGAAGUUUAACAAAGACAGAAGUGUCAUCUUCAACACCUACCAAGCUUAUACUAAGGAAGCCUAUAAUGACAUUUUGGUGGAUCUAGACUUAGCUAGACGAGAGGACUUUUAUUUUGGUGCCAAACUAGUCAGAGGAGCUUAUAUGGAGCAGGAGCGUGAGCGAGCUAGUUUGGUGGGUUAUGAAGAUCCAAUCAAUCCAUCGUAUGAGGCGACCACACAGAUGAUGCACAGCAUAGUUGAAGAGGUCAUGAGACAGAUCCAUCUACGUCCUGUUGGCAAGAUUGCUGUCAUGAUUGCUAGUCACAAUGAAGACACAGUCCGAUACACAAUACAAAAGAUGAAAGAAUAUGGUGUUGGACCAGGUGAUCGGCUGAUUUGUUUUGGGCAACUUUUUGGCAUGUGUGACCAGAUUAGUUUCCCUCUUGGUCAAGCUGGCUACUCGGUUUAUAAAUAUGUUCCAUUUGGGCCUGUGGAAGAAGUGCUUCCUUAUUUGUCACGUAGAGCUAUGGAAAACCGUGGUGUGCUGGCUAAAGUCAAGAAAGAGAAAAGGUUGUUGCGCAAGGAAAUCAUUCGAAGAAUUCUUGCUGGCCAGAUGUUUUACAAGCCUACUUAAUUCAGCCACUAGUAACAAUUUUACUGUACAAAACUAAUUCUUUCUUGAAAAUUUUAUUAUUUACAAUUGAAAUCUCAUAAUAUAUACUAAUCUCAUUUUAAAGUUUUUGUCAAUUUAAAUUUGUUUCUGUAAAUCUGUUCAUAAACUAAAAACAAUUAUUGUCCAUUUAAUUUCUGCAUUUUCUACCAAAUGAUUAUCUUUCACUAUCUCAGUUUAGUCAAAUUCCUUUUUUAUGUAAUCACUUUGAAUUCUCAAAGCAUUUUAAUAUGCUAUCUUCUAAUGCUAGUCUAUAACACACUUUUUUAUGUAAUCACUUUGAAUUCUCAAAGCAUUUUAAUAUGCUGUCUUCUAAUGCUAGUCUAUAAUACUUUAUUUAUAAUGCUAAACUCUAAGUCACUUUAUUUCUGCUAGAGUUGAAAAAAAAUUUGUAUUGGUAUGCUAUCGUCAUCAGACGCCUGCUUUUUUUUCUCAGUGUGAACUCAGCUGAUCUCAGUCAUGUGAUCUGUUUCAACUUUUGGAUUUUACCCAGAAUUCUUAAUCAAAGUUUUUUUAUAUGAAAUUCUUAUGUGAAGCAGAUCUUUUAUCUGUGUAAUAUUUUCUUAUAUCAAACACAAAUAUUCCCACUAUAAUUUUAUCAAUAAUCAAAAAAUUUUGUGAUUGAUCUAGCUGUACAUUUAUAUUUCUCAUGUCUAAAAUUAUUCAACAUAAAUUGUUUUUAAAUAAAUAAAUACCACUUAUAUUAAAAAGGGUUUAAAUUUUAAAAUCUAAUUUACGCAAUGAUCAGUAUUAAGGCUGUUUGCUAACCAAAAACCAAUUUUAUAAAUCAAAUUUUCAAAAACAAGUUAACAAAAAUACUCAGUUGUUUUUUUUUUGGCUAUAUUUUUUGUUUUGAUUAGAAAAAAAGAAAUAAAAAUGCUUAGUUAAAAAUAUAUUUAAAUGUAUUAAGUGAACUGAGGUUAAAGCUAAGCUUUGCACUAAUAUAUUUUUAAAGAUCAGCAACAGGAGUAAUGUUGGUCUGUAAACAAAAAAAAAAAGAACCUAAAAUAGUUAUUGAAUCAACAGAAACAUGUUAUUGGAAAUAUCUGUGUUAAAAUACUUUUAGCAAAUAUGGCAUUAUCAAGGUUAGAAUCUUUGAGAAGUGUGAUUACACCUAGCACUGUAGCAAUGAACUUGUUUUGUUCAGUGAUAUUUUCAUGAUGGCAGUUUACAAAUAAUUGGUGACCCGUCAAAAGAGCGCACGACAAAAGAGCUGUUAUCUAAUGAUUAGUCAGAUAAAAUCUACAUACAUCAUUUUCAAAGCAUGACCGAAUAUUUCUUGAGAUAGUUGGAUGCUGCCAUUUGUUUUGCAUGUCAGAAAUUGUAAUCCUCAUGAGUCUUGUUUUGGAUUUUAUGAAUUUAUCAACACAUUAAAUUUUUACUUUGUAAAUUCUUUUUCAAAAUGUGUAAAAAUGAAAACAAAUUUACCAGUGAAAAAGUGUGAUAAUUAGCAUUGAGCUAAUAAAUUUUCCACUUAUUUUUUUUUAUUCAAAAUUUUUAAAAAUCUAAGAUACCCUGAAAAGUGUAAGUUACUUGAUAAUUCUAUCAUAAUACAGAAAAAAAACUAAGCUUAACUUGUUUUGUGGUAGUUUAUACAAAAUAUUUACUUGAGAUUAUUUGUAUAUAUCAUAUGUGUAAAGUUAAAACUGUUUUGUUUACUCCAUUGCUCAAUGAAUCCUCAUUAUAAACACUUGUACUCGUCUGAUACUCAAGAACUUGUAGCUCUACACACUUUUUGCUGGGCGAAGGGAGAUACAUUUGUGUCAUUUAGUACACUUGUCUUUCAAUUGCUAUAAAGUACAUUUCUCUGGUUAUUGCAUUUCUAAAGUUAUUAUUCUAUUAUUACUUAUCAUCACAAUAACACCUUUUUUUAAAAAAAAAUCUGUGGUAGGCAAGAUAAUCAUUUUUGUGAUGUUUAGUUCCAUUAAAGAUGAUUUAGCCUUUCAAUGAUUUGACUUUUAAAAUAAAUAAAUGAAUUUUUAAAAAUGUAUGAAACCUAUGGUGGAUGGUACUAUACAAGUUGAAUCAAUUUCUGAUGUAUUGCACAUAUUUUGGAUCAUGACAUGUUACCUUAUGUGAAGAAUCUCAACAUGAUAUUAGUUCUAUAAAUAAUCCUUGCACAUAAUAUUUCUGCUGUUAACUUUUAUUUGAUCAGCAUUUAGCUCUGUGGCAGUUACUCAGUCAACCGUUUUAUUGAUUAGCACUAGCUAUUUGACACCUAGUUAGUAUAAAACAUCCAGUGGAAUACAAAAAGUGUGAGUUUUAUGUGAUGUAGCUUUCUGUUUCUACAUGAUUGCUAUUGUUAACACAAUGUUGGCAUACAAUUUUAGAAAAGGUUUUAUAUAUGUAUAUGAUUGAUUACUAUACAAAUAAAAUUUUCUUUUAAACCUAGAGCUUAUAGAGCAGCACAUAACAUUUAUAACACAAGGUUUUUCCCAAUAAACUAA